AUCUUUCCACCAUGUUCGGGAAAAAGAAGAAAAGGCUGGAAAUUUCCGGGCCCUCCAACUUCGAGCACCGGGUCCACACUGGCUUCGACCACAGGGAGCAGAAGUUCACAGGGCUGCCCCAGCAGUGGCACAGCUUGCUGGCAGACACAGCCAACCGGCCCAAGCCCAUGGUGGAUCCCUCAUGCAUCACUCCCAUCCAGUUGGCUCCUAUGAAGACUAUUGUUCGAGGAAACAAGCCUCGAAAGGAUACUUCAAUCAAUGGCCUGCUGGAGGAGUUUGACAAUAUCUCAGUGACACGAUCCAAUUCCCUGCGGAAGGAAAGUCCUCCCACCCACCACCAAGGAAAUGCAAACCGUGUGCCAAGGCACCAGGAGGAAAAUGGCUACAUCACGUAUUCUCAGUACUCCAGUGAGUCAGACACUACCACAGACUAUGUUGUGGAGAAGUACCGAGACAAGACUGUGUAUGGGGAGGAGUUGGACAGGUACUACAAGGGCAGCUACGCUGCCAAGCAGAACGGGCACAUGAUGAAGGUGACAUCCCGGGACAUCUAUUACUCAGAAGUGUCACCCCUGCAGUCAGACCUCUCCAGGUUCCUCCCAGAUUACCAUGCACACCUGGAGACCAAGCCCAAACCGCUGGAAUACGGCGGCCUAAAGCUGGAGUAUCAGCGGAUCCCCAGCGGAUCCUCCCUGGAUUACAGAGAUUCCUUUCCUUACGCCCCAUCCCGAGUGUCGGUGCAGGGCGAGUGCCCCAAGGAGAGGCUGGAAUACAGUGACAGUGACUGGGGACACGGCCUGAGCAAGGAUGACUAUGAUAAGAGGCCAAAGUCAUCCUACGUGGACCCUGCGAGCCCUCAGCCAGCCAUGAGGCAGAGAUCCAGGUCAGGCUCCGGUCUGCAGGAGCCAGCCAUGCCCUACGGAGCAAGCGCCUUCAAAGCCCACCAGCAAGGACAUUCCUACAGCUCCUACACCUACCCCCGCCUGUCCGAAACUGCAGCAGGAAUUCCCAAGGUGGAUUAUGACCGAGCACAGCUGGUCGUCAGCCCACCGCUCUCUGGGUCGGACACCUACCCCCGGGGCCCAGUCAAGCUACCUCAGAGUCAGAGCAAAGUCAGCUACUCCAGCAGCAGCUACCAGUACCCUCUGGUCUACCACAAAGCACCCCACUAUCACCAGCCGCCUCUCCAGCCCGGCUCUCCCUACAUUUCCACCGCCUCCUACCCCAGCUCCCCAAGUAUCACGUCAAGUGCUUAUCCUCCCCCCAGCUGGGGCUCCUCCUCGGACCAGCAGCCCUCCAGGGUGUCCCACGAACAGUUCCGAGCUGCCCUGCAGCUCGUGGUCAGCCCCGGAGACCCCCGGGAGUACUUGGACAACUUCAUUAAGAUUGGGGAGGGCUCCACGGGCAUCGUGUGCAUCGCCACCGAGAAGCACACGGGGAAGCAGGUGGCUGUGAAGAAAAUGGACCUCAGGAAACAGCAGAGAAGGGAGCUGCUCUUCAACGAGGUUGUGAUCAUGAGGGAUUACCACCACGAGAACGUGGUGGACAUGUACAACAGUUACCUGGUCGGGGAUGAGCUCUGGGUCGUGAUGGAGUUCCUGGAGGGCGGCGCUCUGACAGACAUCGUCACUCACACCAGGAUGAACGAGGAGCAGAUCGCCACAGUCUGUUUGUCUGUGCUGAGAGCUCUGUCCUACCUGCACAACCAGGGCGUCAUCCACCGUGACAUCAAGAGCGACUCCAUCCUGCUCACCAGCGACGGCAGGAUUAAACUGUCCGACUUUGGGUUCUGUGCCCAAGUGUCAAAGGAGGUCCCCAGGAGGAAGUCCCUGGUUGGGACACCGUAUUGGAUGGCACCAGAGGUGAUAUCCCGCCUGCCUUACGGCACUGAGGUGGACAUCUGGUCCCUGGGCAUCAUGGUGAUCGAGAUGAUCGAUGGGGAACCCCCGUACUUCAACGAGCCGCCGCUGCAGGCCAUGCGCCGCAUCCGGGACAACCUCCCACCCCGCGUGAAGGAUGUGCACAAGGUCUCCUCGGUGCUCCGGGGCUUCCUGGACUCGAUGCUGGUGCGGGAGCCCUCGCAGAGAGCCACAGCACAGGAACUGCUGAGACACCCCUUUCUCAAACUGGCUGGGCCUCCCUCCUGCAUCGUGCCCCUCAUGAGGCAGCACAGGCAUCGCUGA